AUGCGCUUCUCUUCCGUCGCAGCAGCUUCGCUUCUGUCUUUGGCUUCGGCAGCCCCGGCAGCUGUUGACAAACGCUGGCAAACACCUGCACCGGCCAAUACACUGACACCUUCCACUCUCGCGACCUACUAUGGCAAAGACGGCUCCAUCGUCGCCCCUGUCACCAUUGGCCACGCUUCCCAAUACCAAGGCGCCUCAGGAGCAACAACCACUCUUGUAACAUUCAAUCUGAACAAUGCGGCAUAUACGCCACCAGCUGGUGCUCAGUGCACUUUGAAAUUCUUCCUCGAUUUGACAGACGGCGCCGCACACAUUGGCAAGCCUGGUGAUCAGAUCGAUGUCUUCAGCUCUCUCCAGCCUGCUCCCGCCGCAGGCAGCCCCGGCUGGGGUGGACCCGGCAACCAGAGGAACAUCGGUCUUGGACGCUUGCAGCCCGUCAUCGGUGGUCUGGCUACAACUGUCCAGAAUAAUGGAAUUGAAUCGUUUCCCUGCCCAAAGAUUGGUGACAGCAAUGUCAAGGGCGGUCUUGUUGGCUUCGAGGUCGUGCCCGUCAACACUGCGAGCGUUGACUGGUCGAACAUUGCCAGUGGGUUGUACUUGCAGUGGUAAAGUCUAGGGGUUGCAUUCUCACGCUUACUUGCCAUUUUUUUUUUUGUAAUUCUUGUUCAUUGGUUCAGCAUAGCCGGCAUACUUUUCAUUUUUGAUAUUCAGG